AUGGAACUCAACAACAAUUUGCGCUCUGUCAAAUCUCACAUUUCUUUGAAUCAUUGUGCAUGGCUUUGUAUAACAAUUCUUUUACAAGUUUUGAUUAUAGUUUACCUCAACCGUGCUUCGCCGGCGCCGCCGUCUCUAUCCUCCAUCCGCCACCAGUUUCAGGCUCCUGCUCCAGAUGAUCAAACCUGCAAAUAUGGAAGAAUAUACGCAUAUAACCUUCCAGUUGCUCUCAACAAAGAGCUUUUAGAAAAUUGCAGGGAUUUAGACCCCUGGAGUUCCCGUUGCAACGCCGUGUCCAACGGUGGUUUCGGGCCGAGAGCCACCGGCCUCGACGGGGUUGUGCCGAAGAAUCUUUCCCCAGCCUGGUACUGGACAGAUAUGUACGCUGCUGAAGUGAUUUAUCAUGACAGAAUGUUGAAUUACAAGUGUAGAACCCUAAAUCAAGAAGAGGCUACAGCUUAUUACAUUCCUUUUUACGUUGGACUUUCUGUAGGGAAGUAUUUGUGGUUCAAUUAUACAUGA